GCGUAAUCUCAUUAAUCCUAAUAAUUAUGUGUUCUUGAGAAAAAGUGAGACACAUAACAUGUUGUUUAUAAUUAAUAAUUGUAGAAUUUUAGCAACUUGUACUUGAAACAAAAACAACUACACAAAAAAUCUGAGAUUUAGGCGCUGAACGGAAGUACCGUAUUUACGGAAGGACCACACGGGCGAUCACGGCAAUGGCGGCUACUGAAAAGAAUGUGGAACUGAAGCGCAAAGUAGAUGAUGAUCAUGAUGGGGAUGGGGACGAAGAAGAUGCCGAGUGGGUUGGACCCAUGCCAAGCGAAGCCACAAAGGCAAAGAAAAGAAAAGUACUCGAGUACGAGCGUGUCUAUCUGGACAACCUCCCGUCGGCUGCAAUGUAUGAACGGAGCUAUAUGCACAGGGACGUCAUCACACACUUAGUUUGUACAAAGACAGACUUCAUCAUCACUGCCAGCCAGGAUGGCCAUGUCAAAUUUUGGAAGAAGAAGGAGGACGAGGGGAUAGAGUUUGUCAAACACUUUCGAAGUCAUCUCGGUGUAAUAGAAAGCAUUGCGGUCAGUGCGGAAGGGGCCCUUUUCUGUUCGGUUGGUGAUGAUCAGGCCAUGAAAGUAUUUGACGUGGUCAAUUUUGACAUGAUCAAUAUGCUGAAGUUGGGCUUUCAUCCAGGCCAGUCUGAGUGGAUCUAUAAUCCUGGAGAUGCCAUCUGCACAGUAGCCUGCUCAGAAAAGUCCACAGGGAAGAUCUUCAUCUAUGAUGGCAGGGGAGGCAAUGACCCCUUCCAUGUCUUUGACAAAAUGCACUCCGCACCGCUUUCCCAAAUCCGCCUGAAUCCCAAGUUUCGAGUCAUUGUGUCUGCUGACAAAGCGGGAAUGCUGGAGUACUGGACGGGCCUUCCAAAUGAAUUCAAGUUCCCCAAACAUGUGGAUUGGGAAUACAAAACGGACACUGACUUGUAUGAAUUUGCAAAACACAAAACCUAUCCCACCAGCCUUGCCUUUUCCCCCGAUGGGAAGAAGAUGGCCACCAUCGCUUCUGAUAGGAAAGUCAGAAUCUUCCGAUUCCUAACAGGAAAACUAAUGCGAGUGUUUGAUGAAUCAUUAACGAUGUUCACAGAGCUGCAGCAGAUGAGACAGCAGCUUCCUGACAUGGAGUUUGGGAGGCGGAUGGCUGUGGAGAGAGAACUGGAGAAGGUGGAUGGUAUCCGGUUGACAAACAUCAUCUUUGAUGAGACUGGCCACUUUGUUCUGUAUGGGACCAUGCUGGGCAUCAAGGUCAUCAAUGUGGAAACCAACAGAUGUGUGCGGAUCCUUGGGAAGCUAGAGAACAUCCGUGUGGUUCAGCUGAGUUUGUUCCAGGGUGUUGCAAAGGCCAUGCAAGUGGCACCCACUGUGGAGAUGAAAGCUUCUGACAACCCUGCCUUACAGAACGUAGAGCCUGACCCAACCAUCUUCUGUAGUGCUUUUAAGAAGAACCGCUUUUACUUGUUUUCGAAGAGAGAACCAGAGGAUACCAAGAGCGCCGAUUCGGACAGAGACAUCUUUAACGAGAAGCCCUCAAAGGAAGAGGUGAUGGCCGCCACGCAGGCCGAGGGCCCCAAGAGAGUGUCUGACAGUGCCAUCAUCCACACCACUAUGGGAGACAUCCACAUCAAGCUUUUCCCUGUGGAAUGCCCCAAAACUGUGGAGAACUUCUGCGUCCACAGCAGGAAUGGAUACUACAAUGGCCACAUAUUUCACAGAGUGAUCAAGGGCUUCAUGAUUCAGACUGGAGACCCCACAGGAACAGGCAUGGGAGGAGAGAGCAUCUGGGGAGGGGAGUUUGAAGACGAGUUCCACGCCACGCUGAGACACGACCGCCCAUACACACUUAGCAUGGCAAACGCAGGCCCCGGCACCAAUGGCUCACAGUUUUUUGUCACCGUGGUACCCACUCCCUGGCUUGAUAACAAGCACACUGUGUUUGGGAGGUGCACUAAAGGCAUGGAGGCAGUCCAGAGGAUCUCCAAUGCCAAAGUCAACCCGAAGACUGACAAGCCAUAUGAAGACAUCAGCAUUAUUAACAUCACCAUAAAGUAAUUGUAUGCCUUUGUCAUGUAAUGUACAGUGAUUUAUUAAAGAAGACCAAAUGUUGUUAUAAGA